AUGCUGCACAGUCACGCGGGUGACAUGCUGUUGUACACCAGAUGGUCCUCGGCCUCAUUUCCAUUCAUCAUCAUCCACCGCGGCGUCCUCUCCUUCUGGCUCGCCGUCGCAGUCGCCGGCCGAACCACCCAGUUUGCGCCAUCGACUAUCGCUUUCGUCCAGGAUGAGUCGCCUAUCGCGGGCUUUCGGUUCUUCGGGCAGAGGGUACCGCCAUCACCCUCGGCAGACGGUACGAACGGUACGGGCCCCGAGUCUCUUACCGGUGUACUCUCACCGCCGCGCGCCGUCGAGGCGUCCGAGACGACUGCGUCCGCCGCUGGCCUCUCAAGUUCUGACGUCUCAACCGCUUCCAUCGACGUCCCAGCCGCGGCCAGCGACGACUCAAUGACCGAGAUGUGGACCGAGGCGGUGACGGACUGGCAGCGGAAGACGGGCCUUGACCUGACUGUUCCCGACGAUAUUCCUCUCCGCUCUAAGGCAGCCGUGAUGAAUUACAUGGCGAAGAUGGAGAAGGAGGAGAGUGAAUGCGAGAAAGGCGAGUGGGAGACGUUGCGCGAGCGUGUCGACCCGCUGGCGCGCAUCCUCGAGAAACUAUGCAACCCGAUCGGGGAUACGAUCUCGGCGGCCUUCCCCCCGAGCAACAUCAUCUUCGCGGCCGUAGGAUUGAUUCUUAGCGCGUAUAUCAGAACACGCGAGGACUUCGCUCAGAUUGGUGAUGCCUUCAACGAGAUGCGGUUCCAUCUGCAAGUCAUCGAGACUGUCGUAGGCCCGCAUCCCUGGCAAUGGCUCAGUCGAAUUUCGAGUCAGACGCGGCCACUGUCCGAAGCGCUCCAGAACCUACGCCUGCUUGCCACCAAUCAGCAACAAGCAAUGGCUGCUGUCACUCUCAACAAAGUGACGCAGUUGAUGGAGAGCAUCGCCAACGACAAAGUCAGCCAGGAAUGGAUACGCGGGUGCCUCGUUGACGUACUGCGUGCCACCCGAGAACUCCAUGACCUAGGCUCAUCGACGCAGGCAGAAGUCAUCGCCCAUCGCACCGCUCUCCGGCGCAUGGAGUUGGUGCUGUACAAUCAGUCGGAUAAGCUGAGGAAAAUCGAGAUGUUCGCGGAGUGCGAACAGAUUAAGGGAUGGCUUCAAUACGUAGAUCCAUCUUACAGGCUCAGAAAGCUACUGGACGACCGUGCGGAAGGCACCGGCUCAUGGUUCCUCGACGGCGACGAGUUUGCCGCACUGAAGGAGGGUAAAACCAAGGCGGUACUUCUCAGUGGAAGAGCCGGCAGUGGCAAAAGUACGAUCAUCGCUGCCGCAGUCGAAGCGUUGCGUGCCUACCAUGCUUGCGACCCUCAUUCACUCGUCCUCGCCCAUGUCUUCGAUUCCACAAACGCGAGCGCUAGUCAGCGGGAUCUACAUGCACUCCUCUCGACACUGCUCUGUCAGCUCGCAUUCAACAACACUCACUGCGCGUCCAUCAUUUCGGAGUCUCGCAAGGCAAUCGUAGCAAACGGGUUGCCAACAAAGGCUAGGUUGGAGAAAUUGUUUAUGGAGACUCUUCGAGCUACAUCGCUGCACAUCACUGUUGUUGUUGACGCCCUGGACGAAUCCAGCGACGAGGACGGGAUUAUCUCCUUUAUCCGUCGACUUCAGGCAAUCUCGGCCAUAUCUGUGCUUGCCUCACGCCGUCCCGUCAUAGACUCGUCUCAGGUCUUUGGUGCUGUGGUUUGUAUGGAUAGUCACGGCGAAAACAAUGACAUCGAGCUAUUCUUGGAUCUUGCUAUGGCUCAGGGAGGUGAUCUCGAAAAAGUGCGACUGGACCGCGAGGGUGUGCGCGUGAAAUUGCUGGCGGGGGCCGAGGGCAAGUGA